CACAUAAUUCAUCUUCCUCCCUCAGCCAUUUCCACAUAUAUGGGCUAUUUGUGUAUUUUCUUUCUCCAUUCCUUUACCUGAAAAGCACGGUUACAGAUCAGUUGAAUGAUCCGUCGAAGGCGCCUUGCUCGGUUGGCAGGUGGACCAUCUUCCCAGCCUACUACGCCACUUACAUCACCGCAGAGAGAGACCCCCCCUGGACCACCUGUAGUAGCACCAGCCCCGGGGCCAUCCCAUAGUCUAGGCCUAAAUGUCCAUAGCAUGACCCCAGCUACCUCUCCAAUUGGUGCAUCAGGAGUAGCCCACCGAAGCCAGAGCAGCGAAGGAGUGAGUUCGCUCAGCAGUUCUCCAUCUAACAGCCUUGAAACACAAUCUCAGUCUCUCUCUCGGUCUCAGAGCAUGGAUAUUGAUAGUGUCUCCUGUGAGAAAAGUAUGUCCCAGGUAGAUGUGGAUUCAGGAAUUGAAAACAUGGAGGUUGAUGAGAAUGAUCGUAGAGAGAAAAGGAGUCUGACGGAUAAGGAACCUCUGUCUGGGUCUGAAGUAUCUGAGGAGCAAGCUCUACAGCUGGUCUGUAAGAUUUUCAGAGUCUCUUGGAAGGACCGAGACAGAGAUGUUAUCUUCCUGAACUCUCUCUCUGCCCAGUUUAAGCAGAAUCCAAAGGAAGUGUUUUCAGAUUUUAAGGACUUGAUCGGGCAGAUUUUGAUGGAAGUACUGAUGAUGUCCACCCAGUCAAGGGAUGAAAAUCCAUUUGCUAGCCUGACAGCUACAUCACAACCAAUUGCUGCGGCUGCCCGGUCUCCUGACAGAAGCCUGAUUUUAAACAUGGGUUCUAACCCAGGAAGCAGCCCUAUGUUCUGUAAUAUGGGCUCCUUUGGUUCCAGUUCAUUAUCCAGUCUCUAUGGGACUAGUCCAGCUCCUACUACCAAUUUCACAAGCUAUGUACCAAUGACUGGUUCAUCUCUUACCCCACCAGCCAGUUCAGUUGCCACUACAUCUGUGCCUUCCAUUACUGUCAGCUCUCACCUCACAACAACAAGCCCUUCUUGGAUGCAGCCUUCCUCUCCGAGGUACCGGCCAUACACUGUUGCCCAUUCUGGAGGCUUUUCAGCUUCUUCCAUACCACGUUCCUCGAAUAUUUCCAUCCCGUCUAGUUCACCAAGUCCUCCAGCCAUGGCUGCUAGCCCGCCAGCCAUGCCAGUCAUCACAUCCAGACAGAGACCCACAACAAUGGGUCCACCUUUGUUUACUGCUUCACCCAGUACCUUGCGCAGGCGUCCUUCUUUACUGAACAGGAUUCCUUCUAGUAUAUACGACAGCCCUUUCUCCCUCCUCCUUCUUGCCGUUUCUGAUGUGUCUGAGGACAGUAGUGAUGAAGAAAAUGAAGAUGAUGAUUUUUCUUGUGUCCAGUUUGGGUCCAGUAUGGGAGGCUCUGGCAGCUCAAGUGUUUCAGAUUCCUGCAGUGACCACUUCACCAUUGAAAGUUGUAAGGAGACAGAGAUGCUGAACUACCUCAUUGAGUGUUUUGACAGAGUUGGAAUAGAGGAGCGGAAAGCACCAAAGAUGUGUAGCCAGCCAACAGUUAGCCAGUUACUGAGCAACAUCCGAUCACAGUGCAUUUCACAUGCUGCUUUGGUGCUACAGGGAUCCUUAACACAACCAAGGUCAUUGCAGCAGCAGUCUCUGCUGGUACCAUAUAUGCUGUGUAGGAAUCUCCCAUUUGGCUUCAUCCAAGAAUUGGUGAGAACAACUUAUCAGGAUGAAGAGGUGUUCAAACAGAUCUUUAUUCCCAUCUUACAAGGCUUGGCUGUAGCUUCCAAAGAGUGCUCCCUUGAUAGUGACAAUUUUAAAUACCCCCUUAUGGCACUAUGUGAACUUUGUGAAAUCAAGUUUGGGAAAACACACCCUAUGUGCAGUUUGGUUGUCUCUUUGCCCUUGUGGUUGCCUAAAUCUUUAAGCACAGGUGCAGGAAGAGAGCUGCAAAGACUUUCCUAUCUUGGAGCCUUCUUCAGUCUUUCUGUCUUUGCCGAAGAUGAUAACAAAGUAGUUGAAAAGUACUUCUCAGGGCCUGCAAUUACUCUUGAAAACACCCGUGUCGUUAGCCAGUCUUUGCAACAUUACCUGGAGUUAGCAAGGCAAGAGCUGUUCAAGAUUCUACAUAGUAUUUUACUGAAUGGUGAAACUCGAGAAGCAGCUCUCAAUUACAUGGCAGCUAUUGUCAAUGCCAACAUGAAAAAGGCACAAAUGCAGACAGAUGAUCGUUUAGUAUCUACAGAUGGCUUUAUGCUCAACUUCUUAUGGGUACUACAGCAACUAAGUACGAAGAUAAAGCUGGAAACGGUUGAUCCCAUGUACAUAUUUCAUCCCAGGUGUCGUAUUGACCUCCCAACAGAUGAGACAAGAGUGAAAGCAACAAUGGAGGAUGUUACAGCCUGGAUUGCUGAACUUUAUAGGGAUCCGUCUCCAUUUUCUGAGCCGAAAUUCCCAACAGAAUGUUUCUUCCUAACCCUGCAUGCCCAUCAUCUCUCAAUCCUGCCAAGCUGCCGUCGGUACAUACGUAGACUGCGGGCCAUCAGGGAACUCAACAGGACUGUUGAAGAUUUGAAAAACAAUGAAAGUCAAUGGAAGGAUUCUCCUCUGGCUACCAGGCAUCGAGAAAUGCUGAAACGUUGCAAGACACAGCUUAAGAAACUGGUGAGGUGCAAGGCUUGUGCAGAUGCUGGUUUGCUGGAUGAAAACUUUCUCAGGAGAUGUCUGAAUUUCUAUGGCAUGGUGAUUCAGCUGAUGCUUCGCAUUCUUGACCCUGCCUAUCCCAACAUAAAAUUGCCUUUAACUCCUGACGUUCCGAAGGUAUUUGCAGCAUUGCCAGAGUUUUACGUGGAAGAUGUUGCUGAAUUUUUAUUUUUUAUUGUACAAUAUGCUCCUCAGGUGCUUUAUGAGCCCUGCACUCAGGACAUAGUGAUGUUCCUUGUUGUGAUGCUGUGCAACCAGAAUUACAUCCGAAAUCCUUAUUUAGUAGCCAAGCUGGUGGAAGUGAUGUUCAUGACAAAUCCAGCUGUUCAGCCCCGGACACAAAAGUUCUUUGAAAUGAUUGAGAAUCAUCCUCUCUCCACUAAAUUGUUAGUCCCCUCCUUGAUGAAGUUUUACACAGACGUGGAACAUACUGGAGCUACUAGUGAAUUCUAUGACAAGUUUACCAUCCGCUACCACAUCAGCACCAUUUUCAAAAGCCUCUGGCAGAAUAUAGCUCACCAUGGUACCUUUAUGGAAGAGUUCAACUCUGGGAAGCAGUUUGUUCGCUACAUCAACAUGCUGAUAAAUGACACAACUUUCUUGCUGGAUGAGAGUCUGGAGUCCCUAAAACGUAUCCAUGAAGUGCAAGAGGAGAUGAAGAAUAAAGAACAAUGGGACCUGCUGCCCAGGGAUCAGCAACAGGCUCGGCAAUCGCAGCUAGCUCAGGAUGAGCGUGUGUCUCGUUCAUAUCUUGCCCUGGCAACAGAAACUGUCGAUAUGUUCCAUAUCCUUACCAAGCAGGUUCAAAAGCCAUUUCUCAGACCUGAACUUGGACCGCGACUGGCUGCUAUGUUGAACUUUAACUUACAGCAACUGUGUGGCCCCAAGUGCCGUGACCUGAAAGUCGAAAACCCUGAGAAAUAUGGGUUUGAACCAAAGAAGCUGUUGGACCAACUGACUGACAUUUACCUACAGCUAGAUUGUGCUCGCUUUGCUAAAGCAAUUGCUGAUGAUCAGAGGUCCUACAGUAAAGAGCUCUUUGAGGAGGUGAUCUCAAAGAUGAGGAAGGCUGGCAUCAAGUCAACCAUAGCAAUAGAGAAAUUCAAACUGCUGGCAGAGAAAGUGGAGGAAAUUGUUGCCAAGAAUGCCCGUGCAGAAAUUGAUUACAGUGAUGCUCCAGAUGAAUUCAGAGAUCCACUUAUGGACACUCUGAUGACUGAUCCUGUGAGGCUGCCAUCUGGAACUAUUAUGGACCGGUCAAUCAUCCUGAGGCAUCUGUUGAACUCUUCCACUGAUCCUUUCAAUCGUCAGACACUGACAGAAAAUAUGCUGGAACCAGUGCCAGAACUUAAAGAGCAAAUCCAAGCCUGGAUGAGAGACAAGCAGAAUGCUGACCAUUAAAAAUUCCCUUGCAGUGCACGCCAACACCAAUGGGAAGAACAGGGCGUGGGCUGUUCUGGUAAUAGCGGAGCAGAUACACUUUGAAAGCUAUUGAUGGGAUUAGCACGCCCGCUGGCACUGACUUGCUGUAGUGACCAGAAGCAUGUGGACGAGGAGAAAAGCGGCUUAAUUCUUGUACAUAUAUUUAAGUGAUAACGAUGGUCAAUAACAUGGAGGACAAGCUAGGAAGUUGCUUAUGUUACAAAACUGUCCUUCAAUAUGUCACAUUUUGGAGUUUUUACAGCUGAAUUAUUUUAGCAAAGAUGAAUGGAUCAGGGCAGCAUCCCUUCAACCUUAUUUUUUACAGCCAGAUAUCCGUUAAUUUGAUUGUGGUUAGAAC